CCACCCACACAGGCACGGGCUGGAGAGUCAAUUAAGAAGAGGAAAGACAAGCAACGGCCAAUCGCAGGGAGACCACGGUCAGAAACGGACACGCACGGCAAGAAUGGCGGCGGCAGCAACAGCGGUUGAGGCUAUGGGGGCGGGGCCUGAAGCGACGGCGCGUCGGGCCAUGCAGGCGGCUGAGGCCGCGUCUGAUGACGAAGAGGUCAUCGAGCUCGAGACGGCGGGGGCGCGUGAGCUCGAGCAGGAACACGGAGCGAGUGGCGGCGCAGGUGGCGCAAGCGGCACGAACAUGGCCAGCGCGGGCCCAAUUGGUGGGACGAAAGGGCGCGGGGCGAUGGUGGAGGUGGGAACGGUCAUGAUUCGGUACAAGGGCGUGUACUCCGGCGAGCUCCGCGACGGGGUUCCGCAUGGGCGUGGCUCGUUCACGACGACCAACGGCGACGUGUUCGAGGGCGAGUGGAUCAACGGGAAGAAGCACGGCUCGUUUGUGUGCAAGUACGUGUCCGGCGAGGUCUUUGAGGGCGAGUUCAAGGACGGACGCCGGAGCGGACACGGCAAGCACAUGUACCCGAACGGAUCGUCGUACGAGGGCGAGUACGUCAACGAUCGGCGGCACGGCCCAGGCCUGUACUGCACCAAGCAUGACUUUUACGAUUGCCAGAAGACGUGGAUGCGCAAGUACUCCCACGGCACGCUUGAGGACGAGCGCGAGGUGUACACCAAGUUCCAGCUCAUUUCGGAUCGCCCGGGCUUCGGCUUUGGCGUCUGGGUCUCGGACGACGGAACUCGGUACGAGGGCGACCACGAAGAUGGGCUCCGCCACGGUGACGGCACCCUCACCUUUGCCGAUGGCACCCAAUGGAUCGGGCCGUUUGCCAACGAUCGCCGCCACGGCAUCGGCAUGCGCAAGACUCCGCUCAACGAGUACUUUUACGAGGAGUACGCCAACGGCGAGCUCGUCCGCUCCACGCCGUCCGACUACGCCAAUUGGCGCAAUCUCAAGUGGUUUGACGAGGGCGGCCAGCGGCAGUGAUGUCUACCGACUGCGAUGAGGUUUGGCGGUAAAGCGCUGUCUGUUCAC